GUGCUCGACGACACCCAAACUCAACGUGAAAUUCCACUCCAAAUCGCACGGCGCUGUGCGAUACAUAAUUGUGCGCUGUUGGCGUUCACCAACAUCAAUCUUCAUCGACGUUUGUUCGGUGAAUGUGAUUGGCAAACGAUAUUUGAGCGUAGAACAUGCGUCGGUUGCUGUGAUCGUGCUGUGAUUGUUGUGAAAAUAAAACAAGAAUUGGAUCCAGUGAAAAAGUUAUCGCUAUUAAAUUUUGGUACUUCAAAACCAUCACAGUCACCACAGUUCCGCGCCAGAAAGCCGAAAGUGGAAGUGAAUGUAAAAAACCCGACACCCAAAAGGUGAUUAGUAAGCGUGAGUCUAAGCGUUUGAGGUGAUCUUGAGAACAGAAGACAGACCCAGCCACGGCCCCGGCGUAGCAGUGGGCGAACGGAACGGAAGCCCAGGAGCAAACAUCCUUCGCAAACCUCCCCGCAACAGCAUCAAGCAUCGGUCCAAAAUUUAUGCUUCCAAAUGGGACGCCGGCGAUAUGCAGUCAAUACGGAGAAAAGUGGGGAGAUCAUCGUCACAGUGCAGGGCGAUCUGUCGCAGCAGGAGAAGCGGGCCGUCUUCCUCACCGUGCACGAUCUGGGAACAAACCAUUCCUCGUUCGAAGAGUUCGUCAACAGUGCGUGCAUGAUCGAAAUCAAAGAACGGUCGUGCUUCAUCCACAUCGAUGUGCCCGGCCAUGCGGAUAAUGCACCCAAUUUGGCAGACACGUUCCAGUUCCCAUCGUUGCAGCUGCUGGGCGAGGAGCUGGUCACGGUGCUGGACUUCCUGCACGUAAAGUACGUGAUCGGCGUCGGCGAGGGGGCGGGAGCGAACGUGCUGGCGCGCUUCGGACUCGCCCACCCGUCCCGCUGUCUCGGGCUGAUCCUGAUCAACGUCACCGGCUCGGCCGCCUCCGUGCUGGACGUGUUCAAGACGAAGUUUAUCUCGUGGAAGGGUGACGAGGUCGGCCAGUCCGCGGAGGACUUUCUGCUCUACCACAAGUUUGGCUACCAACUGGUGGGCGAUAAUCCGGAUAAGGAGAAAAUUGUGGCCGAAUUCCAGAGCCGUCUGCACAGCUCGCUGAACAGCAAAAACAUUAAGCAAUACGUCAAAGCAUUUAUGUCGCGCAAAGAUUUGCCACUGAAGAACUGCAAGCUGGACCUGCUGCUGAUCACCGGCGUGAUGAGUCCGUACGCUAGCGUCGUGGAGAAGCUGUACAAGGAUCUGAACAAGGAGAAGGUCACCCUGCUGAAGGUGGAACGGGCGGGCGAUGUGCUCGCGGAUGCGCCCGCCAAGGUGGCCCAAUCGAUCCUGCUGUUCUGCAAGGGACAGGGUCUGCUGACGUCGGUGGCGAUGCCGGGCGUGGACCGUAACCGGGCAUUCUCCACUAGCUCCGGUGGCUCGAACGAGGGAGCCACGGGACCGAGGCGCCUCUCCCGGGGCAUGUCGAUGGAAGACUACGACAAGCCCAACAUCAGACGGCUCAGCGUGACGAUCAACGAGCAGCUGCCACCGAUCAAGAAGUAGAUCGUUUCCGAAGGUGGCACGGGCGAGUAGUAGUAAACGAUUUGUAGCCUCAUCUCGAGCAGACGGACGGAUGGGACGCUUUUUUUCCACCGGUCGGUCGGUGCUUUGCUCUGGUGCCGGUUUGGUGUCGCAAAAUUGCCGGCAGGACCGCAUUAAAACCAAUCCGUGACGCAUGAGCACGAACAAGAGCACGGUGUUUAUCCCAAAUAUCAAUCCCUUUCGAAUUUUCUACAACACAAAAACAAAACGGAACCUGAACCACCCAUUACGACCCAACACCCGGGUUGCAGUAUGAUCCCGCCCCGCCAACCCGCCAAACCAAUUCUAUUUCUCUACAUCUGCUGGAUGGACAUUUUUCAGAAGAGGAACAGAAACCGGUAUCGUUUCGCCAACAAAAUUAUUGGACACAGGGCCUCAGAAGCUGGGCCCAGCGAAGUGGCACAAUUAAAAAAACGCAAACGAAAUCAGAUGCAAAUCGUUGUUGAAACGUGACCAACAUUGUGGUGGGUCGGCGGGCGCAUUCUAGUACCACAGAGUUGCAAGUAGCAAUAGCCAAACCGAAACCGAAAGGCCACCUAUCUCUUUUCGUGUGUCUGUGUGGAACUGUAUCAUUUAUCAGAGCCUAUAUACAAACACGUGCACUCGUAAUCAUAAUGACGGAAGUAUAUAUAUACAGAGAUAUUUAAAUGGGCCACACUCAUCAGUGGCGUCAACGGUGAGCAUUAACGAGCAACAGAAGUUUUCAGAGGCAACAUCGCGCAGAACCGGGAGGUGUGUAUUAAUUAUUAGAUCUUGUUGUUGGAUCGAUCCGUUCGGGCAGCAUAAAUUAACGAGAACAAACACGGGAAGAAAAAGCGUAAACCUAUACAUAAAUAUAUAUACACAAAAACCUAUAUUUUAUCUCUUUUUACAUGGCGGAAGACACGGUACGACGCAUUGGCGGCGAUGCUCUAAAGAUCUGUUUUCCUCACGACCGAACGAUUGGCGCACGAAUUGGCGACAGUAAAAGAAAAAAAAACGAGAAUCAAUUUGGGUGAAUAUACAAACGUUAACCACCUCUCUUAAAGCAAACAAACAGACCGCGUGCUGAAUUAAGUAUAGAGUAUGCCAAUAAACACAAACCUUGUAUGCCAAUAUUAGUAGCUGAACGUAAUAAGUAGAUGCAAAAUGAAGUUAUUCUCUACACAAAGUAACAAAUCAAGCGCUAAAAGGUAAACAACCAAUACAAGCCUAAAUAGAAGCCUCUCGCUCGCUGAUAUUAGUGCGCAAAGUGUGCGCCGGACAGGCAAAUGCCUCCCGUGGGUGGCCACGACACGCGAGAGAGGCAGCUUCGAGUUCUAGUAGUUCUUUAGCUUCGCGAUCGCGAUUGCGCAAGCUGGCGCACAGGAGCGGGCUGGCGCCAGCGAACCACAGUGUUCUACUUGGUCUUAAUUAUCUCAGAUCCGGUACCUCCGCGCUUCGGCCAACUGACCAAAAAUGGUGGCAGAUACCUGCAAGAAGGCAUAAUUUUUAGGACAUUGCGUUCGGUAGACGUUUUGCAUGCGCCGGCAAAAGUAAUUUAUAUUUAAUGAAAACAAAACUACAGCAGCAGGGACGUGACGAAACGAGCGACGAAGCGACGACGGACAUGUGACAAUGAGGCGUGCGCUGAAGUGGGAAACUGGGACCCGCAGCCCAAUCCCGCUUUCGCGUGCCUUCGGUGAGUGUUGGCAAACUCCAGCGAUCAAUCAGACAUCUUAACAUGUAACAAAAUCGACUUUCUAAAGCAAAUAAAGGAUCUUAUAUAGUGAAUAUAGUUGAAAGAUAUCGC